UGGACGACCUCAACCUCCAAAUGUAAACAGAGGGGGCGGCCUGCAACGUGGACGGCGCAUCUCAACCUCAAGCCCCAUACCUAAACAUCCGCGAUCCAACCUAUUUGGGAAGAAUCAACAUCCAACAUCCUUGUCUUAUUUUACGCAUUGAGAUUUUGAGUCGUACAGCAGUACUACGCUAACCCACCCACGUUGACAACCGAAAACCGGGAGAGGGAAGUAUCAAAAACAAGAAGAACGGAGAUAAGCCGACAUUGAAACACCAAACACAGCACAUUCGAACAACAGUUACAGAAGCCAAGGAAAGCCAGGGAGGAAGGUUUGACGGGAAAAAAAAUGGCAGACAGAGCUUCGAGACCGGUGGUACCUCCGCCCAGCGCGCCGCGACGAGCGGUCCGGCGCAAUCUGUUCCAGGGCCUCACGAGGCGGGCGACGGGGACGACGGGGACGACGACGGGGCAGACCAUGCCUUCGACGGCCGGCGGCGCGGGCGGGGUGGCAUCAGUAUCCGCCUCUGCUGGUGCGGCGAUGGAGACUGGAGGAGGAGGACCCGGCAACGGCGUCGGCGGUUCCUCGACGGUUGGUAAUGGCCACGCAGGCGAGACGCUCCGCCUCGACGUCGACGUUCUCUCUGACGGCGGGCCGCCGUCGGCAAUGGGACCCGUGGAGAUUGUGGUGCGCGACGAGCACGGCGAGAUUGAGCUUGGAGAGCUGCCGACGCUGGUGUUUGACGAGGCUGAUGAGGCUGCUGCUAUGGAUGAUCGGGAGGAGAGCAAGAAAGAGCGGCAGCGGCUCGCAGAGGCGGUGAAGCAGCAUCAGGUCAACCAUACCGCCGUCCGUGAACAGCCUGAAGAGCUUCUCGAAGCCGUCAAAGCCAGUUUACGAGCCAAGGUCGCGGCUCUCGCCGACGACAAUUGGAUGUACGAAGCUGAGCCGGAGCUGCCCCGUGGCUUCUGAACACGAUGCCUCGCCAAUUUCCAACGACUGGACAUCCCGGUUGUUGCCUCCACGACUAUUAUUGACACAUAUUUUUCAACGU